UGAUCAUCAUGAGAAUGUAACUUGUGAUGUCCCUUCUUCUUUCAACCUUGUUUAUUGGAUUUCUGCUUGAAGAACAUCUGACACUCGGGUCCAACAUAUUGGUAGGGGAAGUUAAUGCUACAAGGUGCAGAGAGAAUGAGAGACAGCCGCUCCUAAUCUUCAAACAAAACCUGGUGGAUGACUCUGACAUUCUCUCUUCAUGGGGAAAUGGAGAUGACAAAAGAAAUUGCUGCAAAUGGAGAGGGGUUGUUUGCAGCAACAGAACUGGUCAUAUCCUAAUGCUGAAUCUUCAACCUACAGAUGGAUAUCUAGGAGGUACGAUUAGUCCUUCAUUGCUUAACUUGUCCCAUUUGAAUUAUCUGGAUCUUAGUUUCAAUAAUUUUAAUGGAAACACCAUUCCUGAGUUCAUUGGUUCUCUCAGAAACUUGAGAUACCUCGAUCUUUCCUAUGCUUGUUUCAGUGGACCAAUUCCUUAUCAGUUUGGAAACCUUUCCAGGCUGCAAUCACUUGAACUCCGUGGAAAUGAUUUGUACAGUAGCUCAAAUCUUGAGCGGCUCUCCCAUCUGUCUUCUUUGAAAAAACUUGACCUCAGUUUGAGUAACCUUAGCAAGUCCAAUGAUUGGGUUCAGGUAGUCAACAAGCUUCCUUUCCUUUGAAGCUUGAGUUUGGAAUCUUGUAAUCUUCCAAAUACCAUCUGCCCAUCUCUUUCUCUUAUCAAUUCCUCAACAACUCUGACUAGUCUCGAGCUUUUUGGUAACAAUCUCACUUCUUCUGUCAUAUACCCAUGGUUGUUUAAUGUUAGCAGCAAUCUUGUUUUAUCUUGAUCUCUCAUUGAACCAGUUGAAAGGUUCAAUUCCCGAAGCUUUUGGAAAAUGAAUGCUCGCUAACAACUCAGCCUCUUCAGCAAUCAGCUU